UUGGGCCCAGUAAAACUGCGUGCGUAAAAAGGCACGUUUACCGACACCGGAUGGCUGGGCUGGGCGGCGCGCGCACAAACAGACGCGCACAUUCCCUCGAAGCGCGCCAGCGGAUGAACUUCAACUAUAUAAUGGAUUCACGCAUCAGACAAUUUACGUAGACGAGCUCUAAACCAUGCGCUCCAGAUGUCCGUGCAUCGGAAGAAAACACCCACCCACCCACGACGGAGUGACUCACGGUUUAAAGUAGUUGAAUAAGCGGUCGCCGGUGCGGACGGGGAGAUUUCUGCGUGGGGUUAUCUGGCUCCUUUGUGCUACUACUUAAAGCCAGCAGUGCCAAAGCUUCGUGGUUUUAUGGGGCAGAGAGGCGUUGAGCUGCAUCCGCCACACGCACACGCAGCUGGUGACACAUAUGGAUAGCACGCGUGCGCAUCUUCAAGUGGCACACUUUUGGCUCGCUUGAAACUCCCAUUUAUCUUGAAAAUUGUGGCGAGUGUCAGACAAUUUACGCACACCAAGCUUAGAAAUAGAGAGAGGCUUCCAAAACCUUUUUGUUGGGACACGAGAACUUUGAAGAAGAUGCGUCAGGAGAUGGUGAGGAGACUUCAGAUGUCGCUUGUCAUGUUCUCCAUGCUGCUGCUUAGCUUGGCCACGGGAUUUCCAAGCAGACACAGAAAUUCUGCUCACAAGGGUCACGGCCACAGCGCUGGGCUCCAGUAUGACCCAGACGCCUUGGAGAAGCAGAACCAGGUGCAAAGUGUGCCGGACCCCCACAGCCAUCAAAGAAAGUGGAACCACCCUCAGCACCGCUCGGUUGGAGUACUUCCUCAGCCAGAACCCGAGGAGGAGACGAAACCCUUCAUCCUGGAUCUGAAGAACUUCCCAGACUUAUCUAAUGCCGAUUUGAACUCACAGAACCCGAACAUACAGGUCACCAUCGAGGUGGUGGAUGACCCUCAGAUGGAGGUCGAGAUGGACCUGGCCUCGGAUAACGACUGGAUUCCAUCGUCUUCCUCCUCGCCUUCUUCCUCAGUAGACUGGCUGGGAGGGAAGAAGCUUUUCUGGCCUCUUUUCUGGAGUUACACCGACUCGGGCGAGGAAAGCAACAGUCGCUCAACCGUAGAAGAAACCGGUGAGGAAGAGGAGGACGAUUAUUCUCUCUACGGCAGCGAGGAGCCCUCGCUCAGCGGAGUCGGUGGCGAUUGGGGUAGUUACUGGAACGAAGGCUGGGAUCCAGUACAGACCUACUAUGCAGAGACUGACGAGUGGACUCCUUGGUCGCCGUGUUCGGUCACAUGCGGACCCGGUGAGAAGAAGAGGACAAAGUCCUGCGGCUACUCUUGCACGCUGACAGAAGCCUCAAAGUGUGACCUGGAACCUUGUCCAGGUGAAGACAACAGUGUGGUGGAACCUUUUCCUUUCGACAUGGAGAACGGCACGGAGCCAUUUGGAGCAGAUGUGGACAGCUGUGAAAAGUGGCUCAACUGCAAGAGCGACUUUCUCCAGAGGUACCUCCGCCAGGUGUUCCUGGAGCUGCCCAACUGCCCUUGCUCCUUCCCCUCGGAGGUGGCGUACACGGUGGUGAGCAUCCACGACGACUCUCACGGUCGGACGUUCCGAUGGCGCGACGCCAGCGGCCCCAAGGAGCGCCUCGACAUCUACAAGCCGUCGGCCCGAGGCUGCAUCCGCUCGGCGCUCUCCGGCGAUUCGUCCACGUUGGCGGCGCAGCACUGUUGCUACGACGACCGCGGGCGGCUCAUCACCAGGGGGAAAGGCGCCGGCAUGCCGAAUCUAAUCAGCACCGAGUUCUCGCCGGAGCUGCACUUCAAAGUGGACGUGCUGCCUUGGAUCCUGUGUAAGGGAGACUGGAGCCGUUUCCACGCCGUGCGACCCCCCAAUAACGGCCUCAAGUGUCCGGAGAACCCCCAUGAAGAUGUGUUCAUGAAUGAAUUGGAGGAGGCCAGGGAGUACUGACGGACCUGAAUGUCAGCCGACUUUGAAAAGGUCAUGUACUGUUUUGUCCCGAGCAUGCGGCAGCCAUUUAUCAUGCAUUACCAAGAGAAUUACCUUCCCCCAAUCUUCUCACAACAGGCUCCAAUGAAGUGGCAAUGAAAUCUUACAUUUUGAAAUCACUUGGAAUCAGGAGUUAAGUGUGUCGCUCAAAACUGUGCUUUUUAAGAAUGGUGGCAAGAUUUUGUCCCCCCAUGACCCCCCCCCCGCCCCCCCAGAAGAAAAAGUUGAGGUGGGUGCCAAAGAGUUGAAAGUUAAUGUUUGGUGCCGACGUACAUCCAAGCUCCUUCGUCUCUACGAUGCGCGUGUACGAGACGAAACUCCCGCGCUUCUGUUUGUGUUUGUGUCUCUACCAUGUUCUCAGGGGGACUCCAAAAGUAAAAAAAAAAAACGAUGUCGUCCGUUUACCUCGACAGUUGGACCUGGUACGAAGGCGUGGGUCAUCCAGAUCAGAAGUGAAGAAAAGAUGAUGCUUUGCGUUCAUUUGUGGUGAUCACACCGAAAGAGUGUUCCUGUUCCUGUUAAAACAAAAACCUAGUUCAGCUAAAUAAUGGUGGAAUGGUUCUGAUCGUCUUGUAUCCACGCUGGCUCCAAAUCCCCUUGUUUUUUCUUCAGGAACUGAUUUGAACGGAAGGCACUUUAUUUAAGGUAUGUACUGUAUAUAAAAAAAAAAAUGCAAAAGAUUUAUGGAUUAACAGAUGAUGCGAAGAUGGCCCGAUCAAGUGUCAAUUUUCUGUGCUUUCUGAAUCUAGUUUGACAUCUUUGGUCUUGUACAGUAUUUAUUUGUCUGAUCGCUCUCGUAUUUUUUUUUUUUAAGCUUUCAAACAUGGUGCAGCUGUUGGACUGACGUGAUGGCACCACAUUUAAAAAAAAAAAAAAGAAAAAUUCGCAUUGCUACAUCCAGCAGCAUCCUGCGUUUGUUGUUGUACUGCAAUGCUCUUUGUUGUUACAAUCAUGCUGAAGAAAUAUAUAUAAAAAAAAGAUAUUGCAUCCAU